GCUAGAUUGGCCUCGGCUGACCUGCCAUCACCUUGCGGAACACGCCAUUCACAAAAGCAUCUCAUGCUAAAAGAACCUAGUUCGGCGUCGUAAGAGAUUCCCUCUCUUUCUUCUUCUUUCUGCCAUAGCGAAGCCAUUUUACCAACUUGAGCAAGUAUACCUGAGUCAGAGUCAAGAAAGAGCCCAACACACAAUGAAUCUUGUCAAGCCCGACCAUCAUCAGCUCGCUAGCUAUCCCGACUUGAAGGGCAAAGUGGUAUUCUUGACUGGUGUUGGACAGACUGGAAGUUUGGAUGAGCCAAUGUGGGGUAAUGGCGCCGCUACAGCUCUCCUUCUAGCCCUCCAGGGAGCUCGCGUAUUUGGCUGCGACAUCAACUACCAAGCGGCCAUUCAUACCAAAGACCGCGUGGCCGCCGAAGGGGGAGAAAUCACUGUGACCGAGGCCGAUGUUACAGUUGCCCAAGACGUGAAAAAGGCAGUUGACGAAUGCGUCGCCACGUAUGGGCGUAUCGAUAUUCUUAUCAACAACGUUGGGCGUUCCGAACCAGGAGGGCCGGCUGAGCUGUCUGAAGAGGUUUGGGAUGCUCAGACCGACAUCAACCUCAAAUCCGUAUACUUGACCUGCCACCACGUAUUACCCCUCAUGGAGAAACAAGGCUCUGGCUCUGUUGUCAACAUCUCCUCAAUCGCUGGUCUGCGUUAUAUCGGCAAACCGCAGGUUGCAUACUCAGCCACCAAAGCAGCCGUGAUCCAGUUUACCAAAGCAACUGCUGUCAUUUACGCAAAGAAGAAUAUCCGUCUGAAUGCCGUGGUGCCUGGUCUCAUGUAUACACCUCUGGUUAAAGUCCUGGCGGAAAAGUAUGCGGGUGGCGACCUUGAGGGGUUCGUGGCUAAAAGACAUGACGCCGUUCCGAUGGGUGAGCAGGGUACCUCUCUUGACAUUGCAAUGGCUGUCACUUUUCUUGCUUCGCAGCAGAGCAGAUACAUUACAGGACAGAAGAUUGUGGUGGAUGGUGGUAUCACGUCGUCAACAGGCUAAAGACUUGAAGUAGAGCGAAGAGUUUAGAUGAUGUUUUAUUUUCUUGAGCAUGAUAUGUAGUUCGAGGCAUAAAUUGAGUCUCAACCCCAUUGCAGAUCAGGAUUCCAAGUAUCGUCAAACACAAUGUCCAUAAU